CUUCACUGCCUAUCCUGUAUCUCGAUUUAAUCAUAUCCGUGCCACAACUGGAAAAGUGCGAAGCUGCGUCGGUUGCGGGAUACCCCAGCCGCUGCGUCGUUGAGGGCACCAUGGGCUGCGGAGGAAGCAGAGCCGAUGCCAUAGAACCUCGCUAUUACGAGAGCUGGACGAGGGAGACGGAGUCCACCUGGUUGACCAGCACCGACACGGAAAUCCCCCCAACGGGGCUGGGGCAUGCGUGCCAGGAGGAGCACGGCUCAGCGGAGUCCGCUGUGAGGGACAAGAGAGGAUCCAUUCACCCCGGAAUUUUGGAAGAUGGAAAGUCCACCCAAACGUGUGUUACGGUUUCAUCUACUAGCAAAGAAGGGCUUAAAAAAACUAGUUCAGGAACGCAAUGUGGAAAACCGACCGUCUACUCCACAGGAACAAAGUCUCAGAAACAGAAGAGUGUCUGCAGGACUACAGAGGCCAAAAGGGACAGCAAACGAAUCCCUAAGAAAGAAGUGACAAUCAACUUAUCAAAAAACAUAAGGCAGAUGGAUGCCGACGGGCGCAUUACAGAGAACUGCGUCAAUUAGUGCCGAUCAGAGGAACCCCAGAGGGACACUUUAGGAAUCGUUUGAGCACUUUCUUUGAAGGGCUGAAAGCCAUUGGGAGAAGAGAUUCUGCAAAGAAUUAACACAUUAUUUUACAGAAGUGUUUUG